CAAUGCCAUCAGUGAUUUGAGCUUAGUAUCCUCUUCUCAUAGUAUUUUCUUAUAGUACAUAAUAUGUAUUUAUUAUUUAAAGUUUAACCCUCUUAUUGUAGAAAAUUUUGUGUUUUGUCUUAUUAAACCUUACUUUUUAUUUGAAAGUAUAGUUAUUUCCAGUGUCAUCCCAUCUUAACGGUUAUCCGUUAGAUUUAAAGUUUUCGGAGAAGAACUUUCACGAGAGAGAGUGGGAGUAGGAGUAAAAGUGAGAGAGAGCGAGCUUUAAUCGACAGUGGGCCACAUUAAAUUGGAGCACGGGGAGUUCGCUAAACCCUGUGAUUUGGCCACAAUUCGCCCCACUGUUACAAAGUAGGCUUGCAGUUUUCGCACGCGAGCUUUGAUUAUUGCUGCUAACGGGGCUUUUGCGCAAGUACACAAACAAACGAACAGCUGACUGGGUCGAACAGUGGGGCUUAUUAAAUCUCGCGACGCUGCAAGUUCCAAAAGAUUGCUCCUCGACGAAGGUCAGUUCACGCGGAAGCUCGAACUUCGUCGGAUGGCGAGCACGGAUUGGAAUAGCUAGGCAGCAGGACGGGCCAAGAAGAAGCAGAGGUCGUCACCCGGAUACAGACAAAACUUUUUCGAGUGCCCCAGUCCCUGUCGCAACCCCACACAGCAUCCAAUCCAAUAAACGUGCAAAAAUAUUUGUUGUGAAAAUAAUAUCCAUCGUACAGAUGCUUUUGAGCCACUGCGAUUGGGGAUGUGGCUGCGGAUUUGGCUGUAGUUUUGGAUUCGGCACAAGCAAACAGUCAACGUAUGUAAUUCGUAGAGUUGCAUAAUUACAACACAUGAAUGGCUGGCAAACCAAAUUUGGGCGUUGCAGUUGCAAUUGCAAUUGCCGUUGCAUAUUGCUGAUGCACUGCCGCAUUUUCGCUGGCCACUCUGCUUGUGACUGCCGCCAUGGAAACGUGUCGCACCUGUGCGAUUUCCAUGUUUGUGUGCGACUUUGAGAAUGGCAGCAACAACAGCCACUUCCUGGACAUCCAACACCCCAACUGCUGGCCAAGCGAAAUGGCCCAAAUACGACUGCAGUUUGUCAACUGGAAUCUGAAGAUCUCACCUAAUGACGGAUUGCCUCAGAAGAUCUGCAGCGACUGCUUCACCAAGUUCUGCUCGAUAAACGCAUUCCGAGUGGCCUGCCAGGAGGCGCAGUUGAAGCUGUCCAACAUCUACGACAAGAUCGACGCCAGCAGCCUGGAUGAUGAACAACAGGAAUAUGUGGACCAAGAGGACGAGCAUCAGGGAACAGAAACAACCAAACCAACAACGACGGUUUCAGCCGAAACACAACCAAACACUGCCACUGACCCCAUAGAAAUUUUUGUGGAUGCCGUAGACAUCGACGAGGAAGAGGAGGAGGAGCAGGAUGACGAAGCUGAGGAGAAACCGCUGGAGGAAGCUGUUCGUCCCGAACUGACCAUUAGCUAUGCCUGCAAGUUCUGCCUGCGGCCGCAAGAAAGCUACCAGCUGCAGCAACUUUUGCUGGAACACAUCAACGCCAAUCACGAUCCUGAGCAGCCGUACAAUUGUCCGGAGUGUGAGGCCUGCUUUCAGGAUGCCGCCUCGAGGACCGUUCACCUGAAAAACAGCCACGUGGAGAAGCAACACGCCUGCGAGGUAUGCGGCAAGAAGUACGGCGAUCGGCACAAUCUGCGGCACCACGUCGAGAAGUACCAUUCGGAGACGGACUUCGAGUGCGGGCUUUGCGAGAAGCGCUUCUACACCCGCAAGAGCCUCAACUACCACAUGAAGUGGCACAAUCCGGACCGCCAGUUCAAGUGCCGCCACAGCGGCUGCGAGCGGCUCUUUAUCAGCCAGCGCCAUCUCAUGUGCCAUGAGGCCACCCACACGGGCACCACCGCAAGGAAGAGCGAGCACUGCGGCUUCUGUGGAAAAACAUUUAUACAUUUGAAGACCCUUCGCUGGCACAUCUUUAGACAACACGGCGGAGAAAAGCCCUACAAAUGUGCCAAUUGCACGGAGGUUUUCGCAUCCUAUGCGGAGAAGCGGAUUCACAUGCUGGAGCGGCACAGGGAGAACCUAACUCCCAUCGAGCGAAGCGAGUGCAUGCUGUGCCGUCAACCCUUUUCCAGCGAGCAGGAUCUAAUCCACCACAUGUCCGUGGAGCACCUGCAGGGUCCUGCAGCUCCGGUGAUCGCCAACAACAAGCGGGUGCUGCAGCAGAAGCGGGAGCGCCAGUACUCUGGACUCUUUCAGUGCGGCAGCUGCACGCAGCGGUUCAACAUGAAGUCGGCGCUGGAGCGGCACGCCGCCGUCCACUCGGAGAAGGACCGCCCCCACGCCUGUCCGCAGUGCUCCAAGCGGUUCAAGCGCGCCCAGGACAUGAAGUGGCACAUCAAGACGCACGAGAAGGAGAAGCCUAAUGUGUGCGAUGUCUGCGGCAAGGCCUUUGCCCUCAAAUAUGUUCUUACUCAGCACCGGUUGAGUCAUGAGGUCUUGGAGAAGAACUUCAAGUGUAACGUUUGCGGUCGGUCCUAUCUGUUUGAGAAAUCUUUGCGGCUGCAUCAGCGGGUUCACACCGGCAAAACCUACUACAAAUGCGAUGUCUGUCAAGAAAGAUUUGUCACGCACAUUAAGCUUAAAACUCACAUGCAAAAGACACACGCCUCUCAGCCACACUCUGCGGACCACCCUCUGGAUGAUCUGAUCAACAUUGUGAUUUCCUAACCAAGUGGAACAGCAAAGAUUUCUGUAAUAGCCAAGCACAACGCAGAAACUGUAUUGCAUUGGGAGUGUAGCUCUCGGAAACUACAGAAUUCGAACCUACAUACAUAGACCAUACCUUCCAUCCAACCACUAGACCAUAUGCACACACCGAUCUUUGAGUCGUAAAUGUGCUUAGAGCUUUAUUUAGAAUACUUCGUAGGCAAAUAUUUCUAUAUAUCCAAUAUAUCUCUGACGUUUUCUUCAAUCAGUCCUUAGGCCACUUAAGCCCCAUAUCUCUUUCUAUCUCUGAUCCAUUCUAAUCUCACAGAACGCCUGUCACGCUCAAGCACAUCUAUUCACUUGACCAUUUAGCGAUACGCAAUAAGCAAUGAGAACAAAAAACAAGUUAUAAGAGCAAUUUAAGCUGAACGGCAAAAUUUUUAGUGCUCAAGAAAUGCAUUUAUUACCAGAUGAAAACCGAGAAGUAUUUACAAUAAUUACCAAAAAUGUAUAAGAAUAUUUAAAAUAUCAAUAUACUAAGGAUUUUAAUAUAUGUAG